CACGCUCCAAACUUUUGCUGUUUUUUAAAAGUAGUGACUAAACCAGUCGUAGCUGUGAGGGGAGGUGGUUUUGUUUCUUUACUGUGGCUGGGUGGACGCUGUGUCUUUGCACGGCGCAGAUUGACACAAGUAAUUAGUUCCCUCCGGCGCUGUUUCUCUCCUCUCUUCUUUCCCUCGCCGUUGUAUUUCGUGCUGUCUGCUCUGCUACACCUGCCUGCCAAACUCUCCAACCGAAGCAGAGGGGCGCGGCUGGGACCCAUGCCCAAGAAUCUCUGUUUUGGCUUGUCUGGGAAAGUUAAGAAAAGAAGAAAGUGAGAAAAAAACGGACAAAGAUUCAGAAGACGUUGGGGACAUCCCUCCAGUGCGCAUCUUGGAACUAUACAACCGCGUGCUCGAGGACUAGACACUGCUCCAUCUUGGAUAAACUUGGGAUUUGAGUGAUUUUUGCUUCUAAAGCUGAUAAGAUGGAGGGAUGGAGAGAUUAACAGGAGGGAUGGACUUCUCCACAGGAAUGUCCGAGGAGAGGGUUGUGACAGAGGCCGUUACGUCUUCGUCCCGACUGACUUCUCUCCCACCAAAGGGAACCGGUGGAUCAAAUCACAGAAUUAUGUCCAGUGGUGCUGGUGGGCUGGGCUUGGAGAAGAAUGUCUUAACCCAGAACACCAGUGGAACUUAUUUCUCUUCAUCCUCUGUGGGGGUGAGCAGCAGCACAUAUGCCUCCUCCUCAGGUGUGUACCUGAGCGGAGACUCCUCGGGCGGGGGAGAUGGCGUGGGGGGCUUCCUGGAUGUGGAGGGCUAUGGCAGCAGUGGUGGAGGAGGUGGAGGAGGGGGGAGCAGUUACAUGGCCAGCUCCACCUCUGUGUCCAAGGUGAGGUCCAGCAACUCAACAGGGGGAGGCAGGAGGACGCAGACCGCCAGCUCAUCCGGAGGAAUCUCACCCUCCACCUUCAGGGAGAGGAAGACCGUCUCCAGCCGCUCUGGAGGUUAUGAUGGAAGUUCCAGUGCAAAUUCUUCUCCCGAAUUUACUCGGAAAGAUUAUGGAAACUAUUGCGCAGGGAACUCAAGAGGAAGAAGUGAAAGCAGAGAGAGCGAGAUCCGAGCCAGGCUGCAGAGCGCUUCACCCUCAGCCACCAGAUGGACAGAACUGGAUGACGUGAAGAAGCUGUUAAAAGGACGCUCGAGCAGCGUGAGCCCCACCCGCUCAUCCUCCGCCUCCAUCACUCUGCCCGUGCCCAAAAAGACCACAGCAGAACCCAAGACCGUCUCCGUGGCAACUCAGUCAGUGUCCAGCAUGUUCGACUCUGGCCUGCGAUCAGACCAGUUCAUCGACACCACAGGCCUCUACGACAACACCAUCUCUUUUGGACAGUACAGCAGCAGUGUUAAGUCAGGCCAGUACGACACAGGCUUAAAAACCAGCGCGUACGACAUGAGUGUCCGAUCAGGCCAGUAUGACUCCGGCGUUAAAGCGGGUACGUACAGCGGCAGUCUGGCGUCCGGGCAGUUCGACACCAUGAACGGCUACAAGUCCAGCCAGUAUGACAUGAGUCUAAGGUCCGGGCAUUACGAUCUGGGCCUGAAGACGGACCACUACGACUCGGGAGUCAAGUCCAGUCAGUAUGAUGUCGGAGUAAAGUCGGGUCAUUCCACUAUUCGCUCAGCCCAAUAUGAUAACGCUACAGUGGACGCGGCGCUGCCAGCUUUUACCUGGUCCACUGCCACUCUGCCGUCCUCGUCUGUGCCCCCUGUGAGUGCCACCAGCUACAGCUACCAGAUCAGCACCAACAACAUGGGAGGGUCUGUGCCACUCAGCCCUGCCUCUCCGUCCUCUCUGUCAGUGUAUGGUUUUCAGAAUAAUUUGGGUCCUACGUCUGGCAGUGUGCUCACCACCAGUGGAGCCAACACCAGUGCGAGUCUGGGAGGCUAUGGGGUGCAGAAAAAUGUGUCCAGUGCGGCUGUGGUCGGCUCUGCAGUUUCCACAGGCACCAGAUCUCAAACAGAGGACUCGUAUAAGAGGUUUGUUGCUGCAGAUAAAGAGAAUUUUUCAGCCAAGAGGGAUGGGGAAACUCUGAUCCUGGCCAAAGACAGUGGAAAGCAGUUUACGAGUGGCAGCAGUGUGCACAUCGGAGGAGGUUCUCUGUCUGGAGACUCUAUCAAGAAAGAGAAGCUUAUCUCAAGCUACGGAGAGACGGGUCAGCUGAAGGCGGACCUUGGACACUCGUAUUAUGGAAGUUCUGGCGUUUUGAUGAAAGAUAAAGCCACAUAUGCAGAGAUCCGUCGGGACAGUGGGGUUUUUGGAGGUGGGGGAUUUUGCUGCUGUUCUGAUUCGUGCUGCUCGUGGUGGAAAUGGCUCCUCGGACUCCUCCUUCUUGGCCUUCUCCUGCUUGGACUUCUCUUUGGUCUCAUUGCUCUGGCGGAGGACGUGAGAAAGCUAAAGAACCGUGUUGCUUCACUGGAGACAGAGGCAGCCGUCACUGCCGCCCGCACCAGCCGCUUCUCGGGUGGAAACGAAAUCAACACUUACAUCGAUGGAGCGGGUGGAGCGGGUGGAGCGGGGUCCGGUACUGACAACAAGCUCUACGUGGGAGCAGGGGGCGUUGGAGCAGGAGGGACAGGAACAGUGGGAGGAGCCGGAGCAGUAGGAGGGGCAGGGAGUAGCACAGAAACACGGGUAGGAGUCGGGGUGGGAGUUGGAGCUGGUGGUACCGCCGGAGGAACAGCAGGGGGCACUGCGGGUGGAGCUACCGGCAGUGGUUCAAGUGGAGUGGCUGUGGUUGGAGCUGGAGGGGCAACCAGCGGUGGGGCAGGUAGUGCUGGGGGAACACUUGGAGGAGGAGCAGCUGGUGGAGGAGGCAGCAAUGGAGCAGGGAACACCAUCAUCUACUUUGGAUCAGCGGGCACCAGCGGAGGAACAGGAACUGGCACCAUCACUGAUACUGGCUACACUGGAAGCAGCACAGGGACGAGCAGUUUUACCUGGAGCGGAGGUCAUCUGGAUGCAGCCACUCUACAGCUGGCCAUCCAGCACAUGCUGAGAUCUGAGCUGCAGUCGCAAGCAUUCAGAGCGUAUUUAGCAUCUUCUGUUCAAGUAGAGCGGGGGCUACCUGGACCUAAAGGGGAUCCAGGAUUAAAAGGAGAAACAGGUUAUCCAGGAAUUCCAGGUCCUAUGGGUCAUGCUGGUCCUGAGGGUCCUAAAGGCCAAAAAGGAAGUAUGGGUGAAGGCGGACCAGAGGGACCCCCAGGUCUCAGGGGCCGCGAGGGUCCACCAGGCCCCAGAGGAGAGCCAGGACCACAUGGUUUUGGAGAGAAAGGAGACAAAGGUGCUGCUGGUGAGCCUGGUGUUCCUGGAAUUAUGGGCCCGGUCGGACCAAAAGGCUUAACAGGAGCUCCUGGUCAUGGUGGACCUCCAGGCCAACCAGGUCUGCAAGGAUUCCGCGGGGAACCAGGAUUACCAGGGCCCAAAGGUGACAGAGGACUUCCUGGAUUUCAAGGUCUCAAAGGUGAAAUAGGUGACAAAGGUCCAAGGGGUCUGCCAGGUGACAUUGGUGUACCUGGGGCGCCUGGGCCAGCUGGAGAGAAGGGACCCAAAGGAUCAAUGGGUCUUUCUGGACAAGAUGGUGCAAAAGGAUCAAGAGGUGACCAAGGCCCUGUUGGACCUCCAGGACUUCGAGGCCCGGCUGGUCCUCCUGGAGAUGCUGGUCUGCCAGGUCAAACCGGGCUUCAAGGGCCACCAGGAAUCGCAGGAAUUCCAGGACGUCCUGGAGCCAAAGGUGAACCCGGUGAACCAGGAAGGAUCAUUAAUGCAGCUGGUUCUACCUCUGUGGGCAUCCCAGGACCCCCAGGCCCUGCUGGUCCACCUGGUCCUGCUGGACCUCCAGGAUUAUCAGGUCCCAUCGGUCCUGCUGGCCUUCCUGGCCAGACUGGUCCUAAAGGUGACAGAGGUGAGCAAGGGGAGCCAGGAGUAAGUGUGAGAACCAGUGAAACCAUUAGCUCAAGUAGAACACAAAGCCAGUAUUCUGCAGGUGGAGUGUCGGGAGUAGUUGGCCCCCCAGGGCCCCCUGGCCCCCCAGGACCACCUGGGCGUCCAGGAGAUUCAAGACAAGGUCCACCUGGGCCUCCUGGUCCUCCUGGCCAGCUAGGAUAUGGUAGACCAGGGCCUAAAGGAGACCGAGGGGAUUCAGGCUUUGCUUCCAGCUCAGGCACAACACACUACACCGGGCCACCUGGACCACCUGGGCCUCCCGGACCGAAGGGAUCAACAGGAGCCCAAGGUCCAAGAGGCCUCCCAGGUGAACCAGGAAACACAAUUUCUUACAGUGGAGUGCAGACUGUGCAGGGACCACCCGGCCCACCCGGGCCGCCCGGGCGCCAGGGACCACAGGGAAUCAAAGGAGAUCCUGGAGUCCCAGGUAUUCCCGGCACUUCAAGAGGCUCAGUGUCUGUCACUGCUGGCCCACCUGGUCCUCCUGGACCCCCAGGACCACCUGGACAGCCAGGCUCGUUCUCUUCUUCCAGUGACAUGCGCCAGUACAUCAGUGAAUACAUAAGCCGCAGUGGUCAGUUUGCUGUACAAGGACCUCCAGGCCCCCCCGGGCCUCCUGGUGCUCCCGGUUCCUACACUGGCUCCCUUGAGGACCUGUCUGCUCGGAUCAUUGCAUACUUACAGCGGUCAAGCUCUAGUGUGAGAAUCGGUAUACCAGGACCUCCAGGACCACCUGGGCCCCCGGGUCAGGGCUCUCUGACAGUCGGCACGCUAAUAGCAUUGUUACAGAGAGAUGAUGUGAGGAGAUAUGUGAUAGGACCACCAGGCCCACAAGGACCACCUGGACCCCCAGGAGCAACAGUGGAGGGGUCUUACGGCGGUUACACUAUAGAGCAGAUAGCCACUUAUGUCAUCAAAAUCAUCACUGACAGAGGACUCACUCGAGGACCACCAGGACCACCUGGACCUGCUGGACCCCCAGGCCCUGGAAGCUCAGGUUUCACUACAGCCACCAUUGAUUACUCUGCACUUAUGAGAAAUUCAGAAUUCCGCUCUUGGAUGAACUCGGCUCUGCAGCACAGCAAUUCUGGACCCCCAGGUCCACCUGGUGUCCCAGGACUACCUGGUCCCCCUGGACCCCAAGGACCCCCUGGAGUGUCUACCUCCACAGUCUAUGGCUCAGGAGGUCGCAGCUACAGCUUUGAGGAUAUCCAGAGAUAUAUACAGACAUCUGGAAUACGAGGUUUGCCAGGGCCUCCAGGUCCUCCAGGCCCACAGGGACCACCAGGCGGUUACAGUGGCUCUGUCACGUACAGUGGAAACUUCCCCCGAGAGAGUAUCCGCUCUGAGGUGCAGGAGUAUCUGUCCAGUGAGAGUGUUCGCCGCUCCAUCAUGGGACCUCCAGGGCCAAAAGGACAGAAGGGAGACCGCGGAGAUCCAGGUCUCAUGCGCACCCAGACUCAAAGCCACAGCUUCUCUCAGGGUGAUUCUCGCUAUGGCACCCAUGGGACUCAGAUCAAAGAGAUCGAUAUCAGCGGGCUCACAGAGACUCUGGAUUACUCUAAUGUAGCCAUGAAGGUCACAGACUACAUUAAGAAUCAAGGCCUCCUGCAGGAGUAUCUGGUAGACGGGCCUCUGAGAACUCAAGUUCGAGCAAUUCAGGGCCCCCCCGGUCCACCAGGCCCCCCUGGGCCCCCAGGAUACAGCCGUGUCCUGGCCUCCUAUGGCAAUAUCACUGCUGACCUGAUGGACUUCUUCAGAGCACAUGGCACCAUCCCAGGCCCUACAGGACAACCUGGUCCCAGAGGGGAAAGAGGCUACCCAGGACCCAAGGGGGACAAAGGUGAUCCGGGACAACCAGGUCUACCGGGAUUACCAGGAUCAUACACUGUACAAAUUCCACACAGACUCCAGAAGAGAGACACAGCCAAAAGAGUGAAAGGUCUUCGUCACAAAGACCUUCGCCCAGCUGACGGAGGCUGAACAUUUGAUUCUACUGGGUCGUCUGCAUUUCACUUUUUGUCACUUGUAGAUUUUAAACUUCAUAGCAGUUUAUCAGUUUUAAAUGCUCAGUCUUGCACAUGUUUGUGGAUAAAUAAAAGUGGCCAAAUGCAUCUGUCUGUCAUACUAAAAUGUUACAUAGAAGGGUGAAUGACUGAUUUUAGACAUGGGUGUAUAAUGUUUACUUGCCGAGUUAGAAGCUUGCUUUUAUACUUUUAAAAGAAAUAUUGUUUGAUUGGCAUUUGCGCUUGUUCCGUGCGGCUUUUGAGUGUCAUUUAUUGUUGUGUUUUGUAUUUUUGGAGGACUAUAUUGUUAUAAGGAAUAUACACUUGUUAAAUGUCGUUGUCAACCAAAGGGCUAUAGUAAAUCAUUAUCCAUUUAAGUCAAUAUUUUAAGACGGGUUUACUCAUUUAAAUCAGAUUUCAAAAUGCAUAAAUGGUGAAUUAUCUUUCAAAUGUACACAAUGAAUGAACUGAGGGUAGUUUUACUUGAAAGGUGCAAUGAUGAACAUAGUAUUGAAGGACAGAAAGAAAGAAAGACAGUCAGAUAAUCACGAGAAAUUCUUCAUUGGUUUGUAUAUUUUUGUAAAAGUGAGCACUGAAAUAUACGCUUUAUAAAGUGUUGGAAAGAUGAUCAUGAUUUACAUUAAAAUGCUAUAUUUGAAUAAAUUUAUUUUUUGGAAUUGUGA